CGCCGCCUCAUCAAGGACCUGGAGAGCAUGUUCCAGCGGUACGAUGCCGGGCGGGACGGCUACAUUGACCUGAUGGAGCUGAAGCUGAUGAUGGAGAAGCUGGGGGCCCCCCAGACCCACCUGGGUCUGAAGGGCAUGAUCAAGGAGGUGGACGAGGGCUUUGACUGCAAGCUCAGAGAGUUCCUGCUCAUUUUCCACAAGGCCGCAGCUGGGGAGCUGCAGGAGGACAGUGGGCUCAUGGCACUGGCCAAACUCUCCGAGAUUGACAUCACCCUUGAGGGCGUCAAGGGUUCCAAGAGCUUCUUCGAAGCCAAGGUCCAAGUCUUGUCGUCUGCCAGUACGUUUCAAGCUGAAUUAAAAGCCGAGCAGGAGGAGCGGAAGCGGGAGGCAGAGGAGAGGAGGGUCCGCAGGGUGGCAUUCUGGGAGCUCAAGGCGGCUUUCAGUACAUAG